ACCGUCCUCCAACCCGCCGCGAGCAUGGCCCAACGCAGGCCAAACGGCCUGUUGGGAUGAACAGGCAAGUCAGCCUGAGAACGGCUCGAUAAGCAAUCCCCCCUGUAGCUUGACGCAUACCGCUCCUCCUGCUUGCGCCAUCAUGGGAGGUGGAAGACUGGUCAUAGAUCUGUUUGGUCCACCAUACGAGAUUGGGCUCAAGCAUGGCCAAGCACUUGCACCGCAGAUCCUAAGCCAGCUCCAAAUCUACCGCGGAAUAUUUGCGGACACAUGCAAGUAUGACUGGCCGCAGGUACUCGAGGUCGCCGAGCAGUUUCGCGCGACGAUCGGCCGGCUCGCCCCGGACCUGUUAGAGGAGAUGCGAGGGAUCGCAGACGGCGUUGGGCAGAGCGACGUUGGGCUGCUCGACAUUGUCGCGCUCAACGCACGGAGCGAGAUCGCCCUCGGUCAGUGGGACGACGGAUGCACGGCGCUCGCCUGGAAGCUCGGGACGUCCGGGAAGCAGCUGCUCGGGCAGAACUGGGACUGGCGGGCGUCCGUGGGCGAGAACCUCGCGCUCAUGUCCAUCCGGCGCGUCGGAAAGCCGACCAUCUGGAUGGUCACCGAGCCUGGGAUCGUAGGCAAGAUUGGGUUCAACUCGUCCUCCGUGGGCGUUUGCCUGAACGCCAUACGCGCUCGCCCCAUCUCAACUGACCUCCUGCCUAUUCAUCUUCUCCUCCGGACCGCGCUCGAAUGCGACUCCCUGGACGCGGCCAUUGCUACAUUCGAGACGCUCGGCGGCGCUGCGUCUAGUCAGCACAUCCUCAUCGCGGACGCUCACAGAGCGCGAGGGCUCGAGCUAUCACCAAGAGGCGGAGCGUACCUGCGAGAGGAUGCGGACGGGCUAAUCGUCCAUACAAACCACUUCCUUCAGAAUAGGCUCGUCGACGAGCCACCAUGGCUCUCUGGCUCUCCCUUCCGACUCGAAAAGGCGCGCGCGCUCUGCGGGGAGAUCGUGAAGGAGGUGGGGCCCGUGCCCCUCGGAGACGCUGUGAACGCUGCCCUGCUGCGUCGCCGCGUGUUCGCCAACACGGAGAACUCACCUCAGGCGAUAUGCUGCUCGCCGGAUCCUGCGCGGGGCCCUCUGGCGAAGAUAGAGACCCUAUUCAAUAUUGUUAUGACCUUCGAGGAUGGAAAGCAGCCGAGAGCGGAGGUUGUAUUCGGGAGACCUGGAAGUGGUGCGGAGACCAGGGUAGUAUAUAACAUGCCUUGGUAGCAAGCCUAGGCUUCAUCAUGUUCAUCCCGAAUUAAUUUCGCGUCUCAUGUGUUCGAGCUGCGCACACGCUUCAAA